CAUAACACUUCCUUUGUACGAGGAGAUUCGCUUUCACUGCUCCAAGCCGCGGUCUAUUCACGUACUCAAGUACAUGUUUGGUUUGAGCGAGAUCCCGUUGAAUGACACAUUUAAGUUUUUGUCCCCAGCAGGUUUUCAGUCGGGAUAUCUGUGACAUGUCACCCCUUCUCGACUCGUAUAUUGUUGGUGUACUGUAAGGAGUUUACCUUUUGGUGGUGUUAGGAGCUGAAGUCAGGGUGGGAUGGCAGUUUCCAGAAGUUAGAUUGUUUGGAGUGAACAGCUGAUACAUAAAGUAGUGAUCGGAAGCAGCGACACACCACGACAAUGCGACCUGAAACAGUGUUAUGCAUAGUGCUGGCUCUCCUGAACGUGGUUGACAGCGUGGACGUCCAACGUCUGCAGCAUUACAGGAAGAAGCGACAACAGCAGCAGCCGGACCUUGAGGUUACAGCUCUGAGGAUACAGAAAGUCCUCGAUGUUCACAACACACUACGGAGGAUGGAGAGCUCAACCGACAUGAACAUGCUGACAUGGCACAGCGGGAUGGCAGUCGAGGCACAGAAAAUGGUGGACGAUUGUGUUUGGACGCAGAGGCCCCAGUCAGAGCUAAAGAGCUUGGUGCAAGGGUUUAGCCGCGUUUCACAGAAUAUCUACAUGUCUCCAACCUUCACCAGCAUCGAGGAGGUUGCGACCAAAUGGGCCUCUGAGAAGAACCACUACCAGUACCAGACAGGUCUGUGCAACAAAAUGUGCUGGAACUACAAGCAGGUAGUCUGGGCGAAGACGCAUUCCCUGGGGUGUGGCAUCCGGUACUGCCCCACCAUACAGAACACACGGCCGACGCAGGGGGGAUACCUCAUUGCCUGUAUGUACGGACCAGCGGGCAACAUAGGUAACAGAAGACCUUACGCCCACGGCGACCUCCCCUGCAGCAACUGCACCAUCGACUUCCCGUACUGUUACGACGGCCUCUGCAGUAAGGUUGAGCCGCCCCCAGAACCAACACCUACAACUACAAAGGCAACAACAACUACAACGACACCGACAACAACACCGACGACGACACAGGCCACAACCACAGAAAAGGUCACAAUUGGAUCUUCCAGUCAGACCCGUCCAUUCACUGCGGGAUACAUCUGUGUGUUCUUCAUGGUCAAGUUUCUGCUCAGGGCAAUGGUAUAACAGCAGACUUACUGCAAUGGUUACUGCAGUAACCAGGCAACACGUGGACGUUACCAAGGAAACUCAAACGUUUAUUAUUAUUUUUCUUCUAGAGAUGUACCAUGCA